AUGCCUCCCAAGUCUCUCCGUGAAUGGCUCGACGCUACUCCGUCCAGAAAGCCGAUUAUACCCGUCCUUGAAGGACUCUUCAAGCAUCCUCAGACCGUCCAAGCGGCUUACUCGUUGAUCAGCCAUUUUAAGGAACUCGGCUGCUGUGGCAACUCACAGCGCGCCGAGAAAUUUCGUGAUCUCAUCUUACACAACUCCCAUACUGCAUCUGAAUACUUGAAGCUGGAUGUUGAACCUGCCGUACCGGACCCCACUAUCGAAAGCGAGUCAAGCAAGAGCACGGAUGUCAAUAAACAGUUCACACCCAACGCAUUCACGUUUCGUAGUCCUGAUCAAGAUCUCGUGUUUUCUCAUACGGCGUUCACGAAGAAGCUGGCCUCGUUCGACGAGGAGACGGGCAUGCUCUACAUGUCCCUUCCAAAGCCACCGUCUUUGAAGUACUCCGUUCUAGAGGGAGAUAACAAGCAAUCUAGCGCCGUGAACUUCUUUCAUCCAGUCUGUCAGGUCCUAGAUGACAUGCUCAAGUGGGAAGUGUCGAAGACGAAUAAAAGCUCUACCAGCACACCUGUCUCACUCUCGUUUUUGAGCGAGAUUGAUCUAAACGUCCACCGUCCCCCUUCAUCGAAACGCCCAGAUCCUUCUAUAUCCCCUCUCACGAGGAACUUCGAUGGAUUGUCAUAUGCAGGUACAUCGCAUCAAUUCUAA